UAUACGUAGCCCGUGGCGCGAGAAGACGGCAGCAAAGAAAGGAACUGAAGCUGAGAUACGGUGGGUACAGAGAGCCGUGGUCCGUAGUUCGCAAUACAGGCGAGGAACGGAGGGAUAGCAGAAUCCCUAGGCGCACGCUGUGGGCCCCCCUGAGCGGCCGGCCCGCACAGCGGGCACAAGAACCAGCGAGAGCUAGCGAGCGGGGGUGGGAGAGGAGAGAUUAAGUGAGAAAAGAACCCGGUACCUUCGACAGCAGCGAGUGAGUUCACCAUGACAAGCAACGUUGCGAAGAAAAGCGCCAAGCCGCCCUCGAAAGCAAAGUCUGCAAGGUCGUCGCCUUCGCUGCUCAAGGUAGUGGUACGGCGUCUUCCCCACCAGAUGAAGGAGGAGGAGUUCGUCGAGGCCCUGACAGCGGCGGCCUCUGACGCGGGGAUGGGAGAGCGGGGGGGCUCGUGGGACCUCAUGUACUUCACGCCGGGCAAGAUGAGCAAGAAGAGAGGCAGGGUGACGGGGACGGCGUACCUCCACAUCGACCGCGAGUGGGGGGCCAACGCCGACCUGAGCCUGUCCAAGCUGCGCGCCGCGGUUUCGGCCUCCGACGCCUUGACGCCGGCCGCGGAGCCUGCGUCCUCCUCCUCCAAGGAGGGAAGCGGCGGCAAGCAGAGCGGGGGUGGCGUCGCGUCGACGACGGCGACCGCGGGACCCACGGUUGAGACCGCCCCGUUUCAGAAGCUCUUCAAGCAGAAGCCCAAGCGGGACGUUCGCGUGGGCACGAUCGAGAAGGACGCGAGCUACAAGGCCUUCUGCGCCGCGCUGCAGUCGCCGGCGCAGCCGCUGCCGAGCGCGGACGUCCAGGCCGACAUCAGGGAGUCCGAGGGGAAGGAGGAGCCCAAGCCGCAGAACGCUCUCCUCGACUUCCUGCGCGAGAGGGGCGCGAGGAGGGUCAGGGAUAGCCAGCGAGCGGCGGCGCUCGGCUCCUCCGCGAGUCGGGGUAGCGUCGGCGGCGGCGGGAGUAGCAGCCGGAGGACCACGGGGGGGGUUGCCGCUGGGUCGGCGACGGCGACGAGGACGGCGGCAAGGUCGACAUCGGCAGCGACCGCGAAAACGUCAUCGGCUAAGAACGCGCCAUCGUCUUCGCGGCCCCAGCCACCACCGCCGCCACCGGCCGCCGCUCCGCGAGGAUGCCAAAAAGCAACAGCAACAACAACAACCGGGUCGGCGGGGGGAGUCAGCGUGAUGUCGGCAUCGUACAGGGCGGCGAAGGCGGCGGCGGCGGAGGCGGAGGCGGCCAAGGCGACCAAGGCGGCGGCGCCAACGCUGGCGUCGACGCCGGCCACCAAACAACAGGAGGCUCCGUCGGCAGCAUCAAAGAGCCGUCCUGGCUCCGCGAGGGGCGGCGGUAGCAAAACGGCGGGGAAGAGCAGCGCCUCGGCCGGGCCACCAACACCGCGCAUACUGUCAAGGGCGAAGGAGUCGGUGACGAAAGGUCAACCUCCGGCGGCAGCGGAGGCGGCGACAGCGGCAGCCGCGACUUCCUGGGCUCAGGGUUCGACAGGAACUACCAACCCAUCCUCACGGAGCGGGGGCGGCAGCGGCGGCGUCGACGGCGGGAGACGAGGGGGAGGAGGCAGCGGAAAAGGGCGAGCUGGUGGGAAGUCUUCGUCUAGCAGCCAUAGGUCGAAGAAGUAGUUGGGAGCAAUGGUGGCAGUAGCAGCGGUGGUAGAACGUGAAGGGAUUGGCCUCGGCCGCUGUGCGUUGCGAUCAAGGGGCAGGUCUCGCUCUCGGGAGGUUGCACUUUGCGCAAGCAAGGUUUGGGUGUUUCCGUGUAGAUCGGGACGGUCUUGUGGGUCUGUCGGCCUGACUUUCUGUGUAAGAUGUGCGAAAAGACUUGCUUGCUGAGUUUCAAUUCCAUUCUCCCCAUCGCCGAAUCGGUUCAUGAAGUCGUGCGACAGCAGUGGCAGCGACAGGUGCUUUGUGAUGCGGCGUCUAGGAAGGGAACGCUCGGUUUCACCUUCCCUGCCGUCCAAUCGGUAUCCCGGGGUCCGGCUUUGUACUCGGCUGCCCUGAGGACGGCGGUGUUUUGAAUGCUUGAGGCCGGCAGACUUCAGGAUAUGCCUUAGGUCCCCACGUGCCGUCGGCAUAGACUGCCGUGGAUUGCUCCGAACAGAGGGCCUCGUGGAUAUUCUGUUGGGUUGGCCGCCAGGCAAUGACGAUACGUGUCUGCUUGCCCCCCCGUAGCGCAUGACACUCUCGAGACACCAAUUUAGGCGACGAGAGCUCCAGGCGAUGUGCUCGUGUCUAGGGUUAGUAUUAUGUACAGGAUCGAGGAUGUAGUGCCUGAAACCACAGACUGGCUUUUUGUCAAGCAGGCUUACAGAGAUGGGUCUGUGUCUUACAGAGUUGGUACAGCGUCAUGCAGCCUCACGAUCAUGUAGCAAGUUAGAGGAAGCUCUUGCCCGCCAGGAACCUGUCACCGAAUUGGGAAAUUCCUUUCACGCCUUCGGACCGUCAGAUCGAAUUAGUCGUCAACGAAGAGCAAAAUGUUGCCUUCGU